AUGGCCGCUCCUGAUUCCCUCACAAACAGCCAUGUUCUGGCGCUUCUAGAAACUCUGGCCGAUGGCAAGCGACACAAAUUCCUCCAGCCUAGUGCUUCUAUUCCGACCGAUUCUCUUAACCUCGUCAAACAAACCCUCGAAGGAUUUGCUUCGCAAGUCGGCGAUGAACAGCAGGAAAGGCUAAAAGAGAACCGCAAGCGCAAGAGAGGCGCUGUCGGAAGCGAAGAUGUUCUCAAGAUGCGCAAGGUUUACGUCGAUGGCUUCGAAACGGGCCAAGUUUGGCAACAGGCUAAGAGAAUUAUCGGAGGAGUCCUAAAGUACUCUGAGGAGGCCCUUGCUGAGCUGGAGGAGCGUAAAGAGAUUGCUGUUAACGGCGCUGACUCCAAGACAAUUGAAUUUGGAGAGGACGGCUUCGAGGUGGACUCUGAUGACGAGGAUGAGAGCGACGAAGAAGUGUCUGGAGAAGAGGACGAAGAGCAAAUAUCAGGAGACGAAGCGCUCGAGGACGGUCAAGAAAACGAUUGGGAAGAUGAAGAAGAAGAGGAGUUCGAGGAAGGAAAAGAUGACUACCAAGAGGACGAUGAGGAAGCGGAGGAGUAUGAGGCGGAUCCUGAUGGUCUCAACGAUGGCUUCUUCUCUCUCGACGACUUCAACCGACAAUCACAAUACUUCGAGGAGCAGGACGCCAAGGGAGACCCUUACACAGAUCAAGCAAGCGACGAUGAUGAAAUCAACUGGGAUGCCGAUCCUCUAUCUGCCGACAAGCCUAACUCAAAGUCUCAGAAGGCACAGCCAGCCGAAGAUGAAGAGGACAGUGACGACGAGGGUGGUCCCACGUUUGGCAAUAUGGAUCUCAAUGCUCCAGAAGGCGACAGCGAGGACGAGGGUAUGGACGUGGAUGAUUUGGACGAUGAGGAAAACGAUAUGAACGCCAACGAGGUCUACUACAAGGACUUCUUUGCACCACCACGCAGGAAGUAUCAGGGUGGCAAGCCUAAAAAGUCUGCCAAGUUCCAAAAUGAAAAGCCCGACGACGCCGACGUUGAGAGGGCCAUGGCCGAUGUUAAAAGGGAUCUCUUCGAUGACGAGUCAGAACAGGAGGACUCUGAAGAUGCGCUAUCUGAUGUCUCCGCCGGAGACCCCAAGUCACGACGCUCAGCUCACGAGCGCAGACAAGCUAAGCUUGCUGAGGAAAUUCGCAAGCUUGAGGCUGCAUCUGUUGCCAAGCGAGAGUGGGCACUAUCUGGUGAAGCCGCUGCUGUUGAUCGUCCUGUGAACUCGUUGCUCGAGGAGGAUCUUGACUUUGAGCACGUUGGCAAGCCUGUCCCUGUCAUUACCCCCGAAGUUAGCGAGAGUAUCGAGGACCUCAUUAAGCGCCGUAUUCUAGCACAAGAGUUUGAUGAGGUUAUCCGUCGACGACCCGAUACUGAGGGCGCAGCUGCGGGCACACGCCGUGGUCUUAUUGAGCUUGACGAUAGCAAGGCUACAAAGGGUCUGGCAGAAAUUUACGAGGAAGAGCACGUCAAGAACCAAGACCCCGAUAGCUACGUCAGUCAGUCGGACGAGAAGCUACAGAGAGAAGAGAAGGAGGUUGAGGCAAUGUGGAAGGAUGUCUGCGCUCGUCUUGAUUCGCUCAGCUCAUGGCACUACAAGCCCAAGCCCACAGCUCCCUCACUAUCAGUCGUCACCGAUGUCGCGACCAUCGCCAUGGAGGACGCUCAGCCCACAACGGCACAGGGUGUCACUGGCGAGAGUAGCCGUAUGGCUCCCCAGGAAGUCUACAAGGCUGGUUCCACCGAGAAGGCUGCCAACGGUGAAGUCGUCACCAAGGCCGGUCUACCUGUUGCGCGCCAAGAGAUGUCACGCGAAGACAAGGCUCGCCGUCGCCGUCGCGAGAAGGAGCGUGUGCGCAAGGCGGGUGGUGUCGACGGCGGCAAGGCUGUCAGCAAGCGGGCCAAGAUGCAACGCGACGCCGUUGCCGACCUCAAGAAGGGCGGUGUCAAGGUUAUCAACCGCAAGGGAGAGAUUACCGAUGUGGAUGGCAACAAGGCGAAGAACGUCAAGAUUGCUUCAGGUGGAAACUACAAGCUGUAG